GCGUUCGGAGUGAAGUUGCAGUCGCCUUUCACGGGUACGGUCGGUCGGGUUGGUCGGUCGUUCGUUCGGUCGGUCGGUCGCCCGAGCGGGGCUUGGAGCAUCGUACACGCGUUCACGUUCUCUCGUCGAAGUCGCUCCAGGUUUAUCACGCCGUCGUCGCACCGGUAAGUCCUUCGACGAGGGCCGGCUGCGACAUACGCACGCGCGCGAAGGAGGCGGACGCAUACCUCGCCGCGUCCCCGCGGUCCGGGUGCGCACUUGGCUCGCGGUGACAGGUCGCGUGGGACGGGAUAGUGUGCAUCUCCCGGUAGGACGCGCGUCCUACCGUCGUCUCGUCCUCGUAUUUUCACGUCGCAGAUCGAGAGGAGUAAAAGAGCGGUGCGUAACUGUACGCGCGCGCGCGCACGCUUGCCGUUAUAGUCGUUUCAAAAACGCGCACCGCCCUGAAGGUUGCCGCGCGUCCGUCCGUCCGUCUGUCACCCCCGCUGUCGCGUCGUGUUUGCCGGUACAUACGUAUACACAUACCGCACGUCUCGUCGUUCGCGUCCGAAUCGAACGCGAUCCUCUCCCGGAUCUCGCGAUCAGUGCCAGCCGCGUGCGGAAUUCGCAUCCGAGAGUUCAAGGAAAGAGCACGCCGUCUCCUUUCCUUUCUCGCUCGCCUUGCGUGUCGCCGUUCGUGUACACCGUGUACGACGUUAUUUCCGAUCGGGCGACGAAAUCAUCCGCUGGACCCAGGGGACCCUCGAUUUACGACCGACGUCAUUUCAGGUGAUUCGCUUGUGCCAUUUUGAAAACUCAUCGCGACAAAUCUUGAAAUGUCCUAACAGUUUUCUUUAUUUUCCUGCGCUCGCAUAAAGCAAGUUCAUUGACGCCUGACACUUGGAAAUCGAAUUCCGAUUAUCAGAAUUAUGAGAGACAUAUAAUUCCAAUCAUAUUCUAAUUAACGUUCAAAUAAUUUUAACAUCGUAAAUUGAACUCUGAUCCGCGACGGGGACAUUUAUCAGAAAAUAUUAUUUGCCGGAAAGGACAGUUAUUUCUGAUACAUUGUCAGUUUAAUCUCUUGAUUUAUCGUUGUAAAUAUCAAAGAAUACCUUCACCGACUGCGCUCUGUCGACGAAGAUUUUACCUUCAAAGCCACACGACGUAAUUAUUUGCUGUAACGAUCGGAAAGAACAUCAAAUACCCUUUAUUGAAUUUAACGGGCGCGAAAAGUUACGGAGUGCCGAUGAAGCUUUUUCUUUUUUUAUCGGAUCGCAGCGAUAAAUAUUUUAUGUUACGCCGGUCGAUCGUCGCGUUUAAUGAUAUCCAUUUUGAUAUUUUUCCGAGGAUACAUCUACAAUAUUUAAUGUUCGCGCUGUUUGACUUUGUUACUUUGACGUCUCCCGACGCAACGAAUCGGUUUAUCCGUAUAACGUCGAUUAAAUUCCCAGCUAAUUACGCCCACAAACUCGAAUGAUUAAUUAUUAAUUACUCCGAGCCGGUAAAGAUUAACGAACGCGUGCGUGCAAUUAUGGUCGCGUCCGAGCACCAAUGGAGGGGAACGUAAUUGCGUACGCCUACCUUCGCACUCGUAACGAACUCGGUAAAUCAGGGUUCACCCGGGGACUUGGCUUUAAUCGACUCGAUCUUUUUUAUAAAGCGUAAUCGAAAGCAAGUAAGUCGAUCAAAGUGUAAUUUCUUUAGUCUUCCUUAAUCGCCCGGUGAAUUGAGCUUAUUUGACGGACGGUCAUUCGAUCCGGAUCACGAGAUACGAUCGGCGAUCGGUAAUUCGCGCGAGGAGGCGAAAAAAGGACGAGGGGGGGACAAAGUUGCACGCGCGAGGGCGGGGCGAGCGAGUUCGGAUCCGAAUUCCCUGAACUUGGCGCGCGAUCCGCGUUUAACUUCCGACCGCUCGGAAGGACGACGGCGACGUGACGCGCUCGGAAUUUCGCGUGCGGGAUCUCGUCUCGUCUCUCGUCUCGUCCCGUCUCGUCCCGCUCGAACGAGACUCGCUCGAGAGAAACGCUCCUCUUGCUGCGUUCAGGUUGGUGUGCCGCCGUCGGGGUACCUGGCAUGGAGUGAUCUGCUCGCUGCCGUGAGUCUUCCCACGCGUGCUGCACGACCGGCCCAGGAUUCUUCGAGGAUGACGGGUAGACACGCGGAACGAGCCGUCGCCGCUCGUGAGGAAUGCGGAAGUCGAGGAUAUCUGAGACGACCGUUGGGGUUGCCCAGGAAGCGAGCGGCUCUACUAGCGAUUUGUCUUCUGGCCACUUGCACGGCGGGUAACAACGUGAACGAGCCACCUAUCCUGGAGGCCGGGGGAUACCCCACGGGCUUGCCGCUCUCGGAAUCGACCAAGGUCGGGACGGAAGUGUUCGUCCUGAAGGGCCACGAUCCCGAAGGAUCGCCGGUGAAAUAUGGCAUACAACUCACGGACCAUUUCGUCGUCAACCCGCGCACCGGUGUCAUCACUCUGGCGAAGCCGCUCAAUCGCGAGGAGAACGACACGAUACGCUUUCGCGUGACCCUGGAGGACGAGGUGCCCGCGGGACAGCAGCCGAACAUCGUCGGCGUGGACGCUUACGUAAUUGUGCUGGACGAGAACGACAAUCCGCCGCAUUUCCUAGGUGUGCCGUACGAGGCGGUCGCCGAGGAGGACACCCCCGUCGGCUCUACCAUACUGCCGGGCAUCAGGGUCGUGGACCCUGACCUGCUUGGCGACAUCAUAGAUCUAUCGUGCGUCCCGCAGCCACAGUUCCUGGACGCCUGCGAGAAGUUCGGUAUCGUCAACGUCGAGAGGAGCCAGAACACGUAUGUGGGCGCCCUGGUGCUGCGGCAGCCCCUCGACUACCGGGAGAGGCCUUUCUAUCAACUGCUGCUGCGAGCGAGCGACGGCCUGAACAAUGGAACCACUGGUGUCGAGAUCAAGGUGGCGGACAUUCAGAACAGCCCUCCGGAAUUCCUGGACUCGCUGACAGGCGUAGUGCGCGAGGACGAUCCCAUCGGGACCCUCGUGAUGACCGUGAAAGCACGAGACGGCGACAGGGGUAUGCCGCGGAAGAUGAUCUACGAAUUGGUCACCAAUCCGUUCGAUUAUUUCCUACUGGACGACGACACGGGCGAGCUGAGGACGGCGAAGCCGCUAGACAGAGAGGCUUUGGAGAACUCGACGGGCGUGCUCACGCUGAUCGUGAAGGCCCGCGAGCUGAUCGACGGCAUACCCGGCAACGACAAGUUGACGGUGUCGACGGCCGAGGCAACGGUGACGAUUAAGGACGUCAACGACGAGCCGCCGACGUUCAAUCGGCGCGAGUACAACAUCGAGAUCCCCGAAAACGUGCCGGACGGCACGCCGUUGCCGCAUCUCGACAUGACGGUGAAAGAUCCGGACGUGGGCUUGAACUCCGUGUUCUCCUUGCGACUGGAGGAUAUAACGGGCGCGUUCACCGUGGAGCCCGUCCUGGCGACCGGCAGCACGUCCGUGAACAUCCGCGUUACAAACGGCUCGCUCGAUUACGAAAAUCCUAAUCAACGGAAGUUCAUUAUCCUGGUCAUCGCCGAGGAAGUUCACACGAACCCGAAGCUCUCGUCCACGGCGACGGUAACGAUCUCCAUCACGGAUGCAAACGAUAACGCACCUUCCUUCGGGAGCCCCACGUACACAGCCACGGUGUCCGAGACGGCGGUCCCGGGGAGCCCAAUUAUAACGAUUACGGCGAAGGAUCGCGACAGCGGGCGCUUCGGCACCGCCGGCAUAGUCUACCAAUUACUUGGCCAGGGCGCGGAGCACUUUGCGAUCGACAAGAAAACCGGCACCAUCACCGUCGCGCCCUGCCCGACGCCUGGCACGUCGCCCUGUUUGGAUUACGAGCAACAGACGGAAUAUUUCCUCACUUACAAGGCAACGGACGACAAUGGGGGAGGACAGACAACGAGCGUUUCGUUGCGCAUUAGCCUGGUAGACGCAAACGACAGUCCGCCGCGCUUCCUGCAGGACAAGUAUCGCGCGGUGGUGGACGAGGGUGCCGAGAAAUUCGAACCCGAGCUGAAGGUGCAGGCGCGAGACAAGGACAAGACGUCCAAGAUCACGUACGCUCUGGUGGGCGGUAACGAGCUCGGCUUGUUCGCCGUUGACCCGGACACCGGUGAGAUCACCGUCAAGAGCCCGGUCGACAUGACCAACGCCACUAACGAUUGGAUCGCCCUGACGAUACAGGCGAGCGACGGGAUAUUCGUCGAUUCCGCGCUUGUCAACAUCACCGUGCGCGACGUUAACAACAACGCGCCCGUAUUCCUGCACGACAUAUACACGGCCAGCAUCGCGGAGAUAUCUCCGAUCGGAACUGUGGUGGAAGAAAUGACCGCGACAGACGCCGACAGCGGAGUUAAUGCGGAGUUGGUGUACAGAAUACAGAAGGGAGCUUUCGACGACUUUGCCAUAAACGAGACCACCGGCGUCGUUACGGUAUCUCGAAAAUUGGACUACGACGAGAAGAACACGUAUCACGUAGAAGUCAUAGCAUUCGACAAAGGAACUCCGAGUCUGACUGGAACGACGACGCUAAUGAUCGAAGUGGAGAACAGCAACGAUAAGGCCCCGUAUUUUACGCCCGAAACGCAGCGAGCCGAAGUUACAGAGGACACACCAAUCGGCACCGUUUUCACAACAUUGAAAGCCACCGAUCCGGAUAGCACAAAUCUCGAUGCUUUGAACUUCGCUAUUUCCGAGCCAAUCACCGCUAUUGACAGAAAUGGUCAACGUGUCAACGACAGCAAGUCUUUUAAGGAUUUCUUUGCAGUCGAUCGCACUACUGGACAAGUUUCCGUUGUUCGAGCCUUGGAUCGUGAUAUCGCGGCAACGGUAAGCGUUACCGUUGUCGUAAGCGAUACUACGGCACCCACGUUGCAACAAGGAACAGGCAAGCUAGUAGUUACUAUCAUCGAUGUGAAUCACAUGGCGCCAGAAUUUCUGAAGCCGUGGACCCGAGAAAACCCGCGGUAUCUGAUAGAGAUGCAAGAGGAGCAACCCACUGGCGCUGUCGUGGGUGCUUUCACGGCAACGGACGCUGAUAGUAACAUAGCGGGAUACGCCAUCGAUCCGCCGAGUCCUUACUUCAAUAUUGAUAAUAUUACCGGAAUUGUAAGAACCAGUCAGGUGAUCGAUUAUGAAGAAACAAAGCAAUUGGAAUUUACGGUGGUCGCUUACGAUUCCGGAGUGCCUCAACUUUCCGCGGCUGCGAAAGUUACCGUUACCGUGAUUAACGUGAAUGAUCAGGAUCCAAAAUUCGAAAAGGAGUUAUAUAACGCAACAGUGAAAGAGAAUUCUCCACCUGGCACUCGCGUUACCGUCGUGAAAGCUACGGACGGCGAUGAAGGAUCUUUUGGCGAUGUUAGCUAUAGCUUAAUUGGCGAACAUGCUGCUGACUUUAAUAUCGGACACGAAACCGGAGAGAUUACCGUGGGCGGUGCUACGGUUCUCGACAGAGAAGUGACGCCGGAAAUCACCAUAACGGUGAUGGCCAGCGACGGCGCCCAUAUAAAUUCUCGGCGAAGCACCACCGUGCCAGUGGUUAUCAAGUUAAUUGACGAGAAUGAUAACAGACCGAUAUUCUCACAACAUAGCUAUAGAGCUUCCGUCGCAGAAAAUUUGUCUGUUAAUCCACCGGCACCUAUCUUGCAGGUACGAGCAGUAGAUCAAGAUGAAGCGACAAACGGCGAAGUUUGGUACACAAUUAUCAAUGGAAACGAGAACGAAUCGUUUUCAUUAAACCGUGAAACGGGUAUCCUGUACCCCGCGGCUGCUCUCCUUGGUAGAGCCGGUUCUUACAGGAUCGAGGUCGAAGCACGCGAUGGCGCCGGAAGUGGUCCGCAUUCGGACAGAUGUUAUGUCGACAUAAGAGUCACACCUGUGAAUCAACAUAAACCGCAAUUCGUGAUGCCGGAAUUGACCAACGCGACUGUAGAAGUUCCGGAGAAUGCAGGUGUACCGAAUUAUUUAAUAUUAACUGUAAAAGCGAUUGACCGAGAUCCCGGUGAGAAUGGCCGUGUUAGUUAUCAUUUGAAAGUUGGUAAUAGAAACGUUCAAGAAACCGAGGAAUUUUCUAUAGAUCAAGAGACCGGCGAACUUCGAUCAAAAAUCAUUCUUGACCGCGAGAUCAAGAGCAAAUUUGAACUUGUUCUUGUGGCGGCUGAUCAUGGUAGUCCUACAGCAUAUGAGACAUUGCGUCUGCUAACAGUUCAGUUAGUUGACACAAACGACAACGUACCGCAAUUCUACGAGGAGUAUAAUUUCCACGUGUCCGAGAAUCGACCGAAAGAUUACUUUAUUGGCAAAGUCACAGCGGACGAUAAAGACGAAGGCAGACACGCCAAGGUUUACUAUUACAUAGAAGCAGGAAAUGAAGGAUACGCUUUUUACAUGGACAAAUCCGACGGCAGUAUUUACGCGAAUAAAUCGUUUGAUCGAGAGACGAGAGACAAGUAUGUUCUCUCUAUUCUCGCGUCUAAUGAUCCCGAUCUUUACAUUAAUCCCACGCAAUCUAGCCGACCAUUGAUUCACAAUCCGGAACACGGACACGUGAACGUGACGAUAACUAUACUAGAUGAGAACGAUAAUCCACCGAUCUUUGAGCGCAACGAUUAUUAUGCCGGCGUGAAUUCCAUGGCAAACAUAAAUGACUUCGUGACCAAAGUAACCGCUUCAGACUUAGACGUCGGUGAUAAUGGCACUCUUCAUUACUACGUUGCCAGCGCAAAUCUUUAUAAAUACGGCUCAGAAAAACCGAGUGGCUCGAUAGUACCAAGCCCGUUCAAUGUCACGCAGGAUGGCAAACUCAUUACGAGCGGGUACAUGGCGGAAUACAACCAAGAUAGAUUUAUCGUUGAAGUCAUCGCUAAGGAGACGGCCAUUCCAGAAAGAUACGCAAUGACCCGAGUUCAUGUCUGGGUAUUUGAACCAUCUCAGUUAAUACGAGUCAUACUGUCCCGGCCUCCAGAGGAGGUGAAUAGUGAACGCGACGAGAUUGUUUUAGAGUUAUCCAACGCCACUCAAAGCAGAGUCGUAGUGGACGAUAUCAGAUAUCACGUUGACGCUUCUGGACAUAUCCGCAGAGAAUGGUGCGAUAUGUAUUUGCACGUCGUCGAACCGAAAACUCAAACCAUCGCGCCGAUACCUCACGUACUCAAAGUUAUCGAUGCAAAGUAUGAUUUCUUGAAGCAUUAUUAUGCUGGAUUUGCCAUAGAAAAUGUCGUACCCGCAUAUGCUGGAAUUCAAGAGGCACCAUUUGAUCCUGCACUCGCUGCUUUGAUAGCUCUCUUAGUUGUUUUACUCGUAGGCACGGUCACUGUUAUAGUAGUUUGUUGCUGUUUACGUCAUUGGGUGAUAACUGUGCCAAAUGAUAUACGUAAGAAGGACGGCCUAAUUAAGAAACAGAUCAUCGACGAAUUAAAUACGACAGAGAAUCCUCUAUGGAUCGAGCAAAAAUUGAAGCUCUAUGAGGAGCAGGAGUUAACGAUGCAAGUGUUCAGCGAGCCCGAGGGCGGCCUCGGCGGUGAGAGACGCGGCAGUGGCGUAAGCGUCGGUAUGGGUGACACAUCCCAAGAUAACACUUACGCAACUAUCCAGCAUCCAUUGCCUACGAACAGGCAUCGUCCGACCACGCCAGAUUACACGACGCUUCCAGGAAAUCACAAUUUAUACGAAUCGGCAAUGGGUUUUCAAGGAUCAACAUUCCAGCCUUCUCCGAACGUGAUGCCGCAACUGACGGUCGACCGCGACGGCCAGCCCCAAUUCGUUUCGGGGCUAAUAUAAAUCAGCUCUGAUACGCGGGCACAUGCUCAGCCCAUCCUCUCCUCCCUUCCUUCUUUCUAUCUCUAAAUAAGCUCCGUCGCCGUACGUUGUACCUCUUUGUCCGCGGCUCUUUUUCAUUGCACGCGCCUCUUCGGAGCAUACUUCGGACGACUCGCAUGCACACACCUCUUUGACAAUAACCGAGUUAAAUAUUGGUCGGGUUUGUCUUGCGAGUAGACGCGUGUACGAGAAGAGCGACACAAGACACAUUCGCGAGAUCCGCCCUCUCACUAGCGUGACUUCUGCCAUUUUUCAAUUUAGAAUCUUCCGAGAGCUUGCGAAAGGACUCAUGAUGAAGAGUGACGACGAACGACACAGUCAAUAUUAUUGGAAUAAUUAAUCCCUGUAGCUGGUGUGUGCAUGUAUAUAUGUGUGCGUUGCCAACCUGGGGUCCCGUCUGACUUUAUCGUUAUAGAGCUACUUUUUAGGAGAAUCAAAAAAAGGCAAAAGACAAGAAGGAGAGAGGAAUAUAAGCUAGGUAAAAUAGAUACUGUGAGAUAACUCGACACGACCGAAGCUUGGCACGACAGAUAUAUGUAUAUAAGUGAAUGUGUAGAUUCCGUCCAGCCCAGUUUUCGUAUUAAUUUCCUCGUUAGUUUAUAGUAUUUAUGCGUUUUCGAGGUACGUACGCGCGCGUUCGAAUCCUUCGCGAACGCAUCCUGUACGAAUGUUUUACAACGAUCACUGCCACGUUCUUGGGCAUCCACGCGAUGCGGUAUUGUAUCCAGUGAACAAAUAAUAAUCGCGCCAUUGUUACCAGCAGACACAAUGGGACGUUUAUAAUCAAGAUAUAGCGCGUAUAUACAAUUUCUAAGUACCGCGUUAAUUUCGUUCUAGUGUAUUUAUUUAAGAUAGCAUAUUUUAAAUGACUGAUAUUUUUCUCUUCUUUCCGAUUAAACUGUGAUUUGAUUGCGCCCGAGUGUGAGUGCGAUAAUUUAACUCGUAAUGAUUUUGCACGCGAGUCGCUGGCGGUGGGCGGACAUAGUCAUAUCAUAGUUAGAUGAAAUAAUGACGCUCGCAGCGAAUUCCAGUGUCACCGCGGCGAAAUGAUCUUGCCUUCGAAAAACCAUUGUCGACACUUUACACUUUAAUAGCGUGACUCCACAAACCGUCCUCUGCUAAGAACACAUCAGAGAUCGUGACCUUCGGGAAUUCCCUGCGGAUGCCACUUUCCGUAAUAAAAAAAAAAACGUAUCGCAAUUACUCGACAACAGCAGUAACUUAGCUUACGAUCGAGUUAUUUCUAAGAACAUUUAAUGUAAAACUAUUAUCGGUAUUAUGAUAUUACUAGAUGGUUAUGAAUAUUCCAGUUAGCGAAAUAUCUGUUUUAUUAAUUACAAAUUUAUUGUAAUAUUGUAACAUAUUUUAUGUAAGUCAUUAAUAAAAAAUAUUCGUACACCA